GUAUUUUCGCUUCUAAUCUCUUCUUGCGCUCUUCUCUAACAUCUGUCUCUGGUGUUCGAGAGUGAACUUGUUCAGCUUCAGAGUAUUCACUUCUUCACAUCUUACAUAUCGGCCAACGACCAGUCUCAUACGGCCAACAGACAAGCAUGCGGUUACCCGCCAAAGUAUCGGCGCUGUUGCCUCUGCUGAAGGUUACUGACUUGGAGCCUCCUUGCGCAGAGGGGGGUGUCGAGUCAGCGGACGUUGGAGCGGCCCCCAAGACCAACAACCAGCCUCAGUUCAUCCUCCAGCUAGACGAACUACGUCCCAAAAGAUUAACACCUUCCUAUCUGUUCCCAAAGGGAACAUGUACAGAGUGUCAGUUUGCAACAUUCUUCUCACUGAAAGGCGACCGGUUGUUUGCAGACGGAGAGCUGGUAGCGACCAACGAGGGGACGACACACCAGCCUCUCCUCGAGACACCGAGCACCGCAGCCAUCGACAAUGGGUUCUCUCUCGAGGAGGGCAUCCUUCAGUGGCGGCAUCCGAGCUUUACUGGCGGGAAAGCUAGCUUUUGCUUAUCAGAGUCGAAUACGGUUGUCGCUGUGUUCAAUGAGACAAGCAUACCGACUGACUGUGCACCGGCGAAUCUUGUCAAUGUGCCAUACGAUGACAAUUCUGGGUCUUCUCAACGAGCUGCAGGAAGCUCAAGGGAAACCGGCAGCCCGGCCGGGGCGAAUUGGCUGGAUGCUAAGCCGGAUGUCGCCGAACAUGGUUAUGGCAGAGGUUCCGCUGGGCCGGGUCAGCCAAGUCCUCCGCCUCCUGUUGAUCGGACUAGCUACAACUACAACUACAACUACAACAACGACGGGGGACGGGGUUCAACAACACCCCCAAGUUCAGUUGCCUACGGGGGUGAAUACAAUUACAACAAGGGUGGACAGGGUUCAACAAUACCCCCAAGCUCUGUUGGUUCUGGGGCCAACUACAACGACAACAAUGGGGGACGGGAAUACACAGCACCCCCGAGCUCCGAUGGUUACGGAGGAAACUACAACUCCAAAGACGGAGGAUGGAGUUCCACAACACCCCCGAGCUCCGUUGACCACAAGGGUAGCCACAAACAUCAUGAUUCCGCUUCAAGUCCUACAGGUUCCUCAGAUCGGUCAGGGCCUGCUGGAAUAGAUGGAUGGGACGGAAGGGAUGGAAAAGAUGGUGAUGAUGGAAGAGACGGUGAUGACGGCAAUGACGGCGAUAAGGGGGCUGAUGGAGUCGAUGGCAAAGACGGCAAUGACGGGAAAGAUGGUGACGAUGGGAGAGAUGGCAGGGACGGCAGGGACGGCAGGGACGGUGUCCCGGGCCCUCCUGGGCCACCUGGUCCGGCCGGUCUCUCAGGUCUCAACGGGUUUAAUGGGUUGAACGGUGCGGCUGGACCAAUGGGCCCUGAAGGUCCUGCCGGUGCCGAUGGUGCCGCUGGUCCUGCCGGUCCCGCGGGUGCCAUUGGGCCAGCAGGAGCUGAUGGAGCUCGUGGGCCUGCUGGAGCCGAUGGUGCUCCUGGUCCUGCAGGUGCGGCAGGGCCUCAGGGUGUGGCUGGACCUCAAGGUCUUGCUGGUCCUGCAGGGGCCGCUGGGCCUGCCGGAGCUGAUGGUGCUCCUGGUGCUCAAGGUGAGCCUGGGCCUCAAGGAGAAAUUGGACCCCAAGGCCCUAUCGGCCCCCAAGGCCCUCCUGGCGACGGGACGGCGGGCUUUUCUGGCCAGUACGGUUAUCUCGGCUGCUACAUCGCGAGCAACGAUGGCAACUACGGCCUCACUCCAUACGCUUCACAGCAGGUUCUCACGACCUCGAUCGACGACUGCGCCGAUAUCUGCUAUGGUACGGCCUCGGGCCCGUCACUGUACUUCACCCUCGGAACCGACGCCGCCACAGGCGAUUCCAUCUGCACUUGUGGAGACGUUCUUGUUGCCUACAAUUACCCAAAUACCGGGCUCGAAUUUCAAUGCAAUACACAAUGCAACUUUCCGAGCAAUCCGACAACAGAACAAUUUUGCGGUGGAGCGUAUAAUGGAAUUCCUACUGUUUCUCUCUUUGGUGCUAUAUAA